CGCCUAGGCAAGUAAAGCGCAGCGAGCGUACGCACGCACGCACGCAGCAGAGGAGCACUGCAGGUGACAGCAGUUGUUGUGCGGUGAUGAUGUAAUGUUGCUACGGAUGGCGGUGUGUGCCAGGCUCUGUGGAGUGGGUCAGUCUCGGCGGUGCAGGAGGCGGCAGAGGCACAGCCAGGCGGAUCAGGACAGCGACUCUGAGAUGGACAUGGACGAGGAGGAGGAAGAGGAGAGGGUCGUGGGCAAAAUGAAAGAUGAGCCCGAUGGCAGCAACAGCAGCAGCUGUCAUAACAGCCGCGGUGCGGGGCCUAGCGGGGCCGGUGGACUAGGUUCUGUGGACUCUGCAGGGCCACCACACCCGCAGUCACUGCUGGAUCUGCCGCCGGAGCUUCUAGUGGAGAUCUUCUCUUCUCUACCCGGCACUGCGCUGCCUAACCUGGCGCUAGUGUGCAAGAAAUUCAGGCAGAUUCUGAACACGGAAACAAUCUGGAGGAGGAGAUGCACAGAGGAAUUUGGCAUGAGAGAUGACCUGCGGAAGAUGGAGAUUGUGGGCAUGUCAAGCCGAGAUCUGUAUGUGAAACUUUUACAUCCCUAUAGACAUAUCCUGGGUCUCUGGCAGCCUGAUAUUGGCCCCUAUGGAGGACUGCUGAAUGUGGUGGUGGAUGGGCUAUUCAUCAUAGGCUGGAUGUAUUUACCACCCCAUGAUCCCCGUGUGGAGGACCCUAUGCGUAGACGGCCCCUUUUCCGUAUACAUAUGUGGGAGAAAAACAAAGCCACAGUAGAAUGUAUGUACGGACAUAAGGGCCCUCAUAAAGGAGACAUUCAGACUGUGAAGAAAGAUGAAUUUUCCACCAAAUGCAACCAGACCGAUCACCAUCGGAUGCCUGGAGGAAGGCAAGAGGAAUUCAGAACGUGGUUGGAGGAGGAAUGGGGACGAACGUUGGAGGACAUUUUCCACGAGCACAUGCAGGAGUUGAUCCUCAUGAAGUUCAUUUACACCAGCCAAUAUGAUAACUGCCUGACAUACCGGCGGAUUUAUCUGCCCCCGUGCCUCCCUUCAGACCUCCUGCAGCCGGGCCUCUUCAAAGGGACGUAUGGCAGUCACGGCCUGGAGAUUAUUAUGCUGAGCUUCCAUGGCUCCAAGGCCAAAGCCACCAAACUUACUGGGGAUCCCAAUGUCCCAGCUGGUCAGCUGACAUUAGAAGUAGACCUGAACCGCCCAGUGCGUUUACCAGACCUGGAACACCAGCGGAGCAUGGAAGAGCUGUCUCGUCUGGUGCGGGGGGUGCAUGAGGAGGCCCAGAGCGGUUCACAGGGCCGGGACACCCAAUCAGAGGCUGCAGAGGUGGCCCCCCCUGAGGGGGUAGAGGGCUCAGAUUCAGCGCCCCCUGCUGGAGUGGAGGGUGUUGAGCAGGGAGCUGCUGCCUGCAGCACCGCACUUGAACCUCAACCUUUUGUGCUGCCUCUGGGAGUCAUGGCCCGUAAUGAAGUGUACCCUCGCACCUGCAGGAUGUGUUUUUAUGGAACAGGCUUAAUCGCUGGCCACGGCUUUACGAGUCCAGAGCGCACGCCGGGUCUGUUCGCCCUGUUCGAUGACGACCGCUUUGGCUUCAUUUGGCUGGAGCUCAAGUCCUUCAGCCUGUACAGCCGGCUGACCGACCAGCUGUCCCACGCUCAGGCCCCCAGCAUGGAGCGCUUUGAGGCCAUGCUCCGCAACAUGCAGUCAUGGACAUCCUGAUAGCCAACCUCACACUACUGUAGCCAUCAGGCACAUACUCUGGUAUUAUGCUCUCCGCCAGACACCAUCAGGGACCUCCCUGUUGACACACACAUACACACUCCUGCUUGCAUCCGCACAGCUGUAUUUACAGCGACAUGCCCAUAUGGUUGUAUUAUAUUAGGCCUUUCUUAUCAGCUUUUUAAUUAAUUUAUUUUUGUAACCUGGAAAUGGCGACGAAGAUGACGACAAUGUGAAAAUUCACCCGUAUACUCUGCUGAGCGUGCCUCUGAUACCUUUAUUCAAACUCUGAAAUCCUGUGGUUUUGUGCUUUAGAAAAAUACUUCAAGCGUUUGUCCUCAAUGUGGCAACAUCUGCAGUUGCUUUUAAUCGAUUUUAUCCAGUUUACUACUUUUGUUUUUUCUUUAUCCAUAAAAUCCACUCUGUAUUUAAAAAUGCUUCCAUUUUUUUCGUAAACUUUCAUUGAAAACAAAUGACUUCCAGCUGCUUUGUCUCUGCAAACAUUGUCAGUUUUAUAGCCCCAUAAUGCAUCCAUUAAUAUGUAUAACAUUCAAGAAAACAAAUUAAAUCUCUUAUUUAAUUUAUUUAUCAUACUGUUAAAGUUCCAAGCGAAUAGCUAAUUGGUUAGCUGCCAAAUUUUACGACCACGAUGACUGUCUCCUUUUCACAUGAUAGUGAUUCUGUUCAUCUAGCUGUGCAGCUCUCUUCCAAGUGCUCUUCCCUACGCAGUGUAGACAUUUAUCGGAGGCAGAAUUCCUCCAACUAUACUUUUGUAUUUGACUGCAGCAUUACUAGCAACUGAAAAUGGAAAAAAAAAAUCACUAUAAUGUAAAGUGAAUAUAUAUGUAAAUGCAUUGAAAAUAUUUAAACAUUUAUCAGUAUAUUUCAGCUUUGUUUUAGGGAUGAUUGUGUAUAUAUAUAUAAUCGAUGAACUAAUUUACGUAUUAUCGCCUGUGUUUACAACAAGUUGAGUGUUUUAAGUGGAAUAUUCUCGUAGAAUUGGCCAUUUACAUGGACUGAUAUUGUACAACUGUUGAUUCCAAAUUAAGAUGUAAUUUUAGCUGUUUGCAUUGGCUCAUAACUAUUUGAAUCAUAUUUCAAAGCAUUUGUGCCAGUUUUCGAUCCUAUGUACUUCAGUUUCUCAAUUCCCAAUGUAUAACAUCGAGUUAACCCCCCCCCCCCUUUUUUUUUCUUGUUCAGUGUCCUGAUUCACAAAUUGAUUUUAUUCUACAUUUGUAAUUUUAGCUGUUUAUGUUGGCUGCUAAGUAUGCAAAUUAUAUUUCAAAAGCAUUUGUGGAAACACAUCCCAAUUUAUAUAUCAAAAUUUACCCUAUUUAUUUUUACCCCUGACUUUAAGUCUGAGUUUCCCUCCCAAUUUUAAUGACAAUUUAACAAAGCACUGUGUCCAAAAUGGCAAUUUAUACAUUUGUGCUGUUGCAUUUAUUGAUUUUAUUCUAAAUAUGUAAUUUAAGCUGCUUAUUUUGGCUGCUAACUCAUAUAAUGCUGAUUAAUAUGUCAAAAUGUACCCUAUUUACACCAAUUUCUCAAUUUCCAAUGGAUAACAUUCCCCCUUUUUUUCCCUUGUCCAGUGUCCUGAUUCACUGAUUCACAAAUGGGUUGUGAAUGCUGUUUCAUGCUGACUUCAAUUCCGAGUUUCCCUCCAUUAUUUAUAUGUAAUGAUAAUUGAGCAAAGCACUGUGCCUAAAACUGUAAUUUAUACAUGUGCUGUUCUUUAAUUUCCUUAUUUUUAAGUUUGUAAUUUAUAUUGAAAGUAAAACGUGUUGUCAAUAAGUGUGAUCAUUUUAUAUGUAACAAAACCGCUCCAUUAGCGAGUCAAGCGUCCGGUAUGCGUGAUGUUAAUCUGGUAAUAUGGAAAAAAUUGACUUGUUUGGAGAUAUUGUCAAUAGUUGGAUUAUUGUCGUCUAUGUAAAUUUGCCAGUUACAAAGUCUCGAAGCGCAAAUUCAUGACUAGUAUGCACCCCGUUGCAUUCAAAUUCAGGGAGGUUUGCAGCUUUAGCCUUCGUUUGUUCUCAAUAAAAUGGAGGAAAAUCCUAAAUGUUGUCAAACUUUUAUUUUUAAGUGCAAAACAGUGUCAAAUGAUCAAGUUGUACAUUUUUCUUUCAAAUUCAAACUUUAAAAAUUCAAAAUAUACUCGGUGCUUAUUUGAUCUUCCCAGGUUAAAUUCUUAAAUCACAGUAAUUGUGUUAUUCAUACAUUCAUGUGCUUUGUGUUAAUUUUUGACAAGAUAAAGAUUUUUUUUUUUUUUUUUUUUUUUUUUUUUUACAGUUCUAAGUG